AUGAGUCGAAUCGCUUCACGGUGGCCAGAUGUGGUAGCUGUGCUGAUGAUAGCUGUGCUCCCGAGCCUUAGCGCGUUCAUUUCACCACCCACGCCUCCGAUCGGAAAAGUGAAGCUCGCAAAAUGGUCUUUCCCAAAAGGGCGUUCUUCCUUCCAAGGGUGCGUUGUUGACCGCCACGCGUCAGAUCUUACAAUCCCUUCCAGAGCGGCAAGUGAACAGGGUUCGCAUUAGCAGAGGCGACAGCUGGUGCUGCUCACGCUGGCGCGUCUGCUCCACUGGUGACGGAGUACUGCCUGAUGGAGCCUUUGGUUCAGAACGAUGGUCUAUCUCAGACGGGUGGCGUCCCUAUAUCCCACAGGGCAGUGCAGCGGGACGGCGCUACGGCUGGAGAACAGCCUGCAACGGCGGCCACAGAGGAGAGGCAACCGCUCUUCCAAUUCGCAAAGCCCGGACACACACCAGCCAGGAGCAGAGACGGCAGCCCGUAAGCACCUCCAACACAAGGGAUGGAUGGAUGGAUGGCAUGUGUGUGUGGUUCUCUGUGGUGUUGAUUGUAAGUAAUGUGACUGACGAGGUGUUCAACGCUGCGUCGCAUCUGGUGGGGAGUAUGCUGGCCAUCAUGGGGUUCCUGAUGCUCGUAGUCAAGAGCAGCGUCGAGGGCAAACCAUGGUACGUAUAAAAGACACAGACGUUGGUUAGUUGCACUCACAUGUCAUGUGUGCGUUGUUGGCCUGUGCAGGCACAUAGUGAGCUUCAGCAUCUACGGUGUGUGUACGAUAGCGGUGUUUGUGACGUCUUUCCUGCACCACGGGCUCCACUCGGAGCGGUUCGACGCCAUAUUCCUCAUGGCCGACUACCUUGCCAUAUACGCCAUGAUCGCAGGUACAUACGCAGCAGACAAAGAAAGGCAUGUGUGUCAAUCGGAGCAAUGAGUGGUUGCGGUGUGUUUCCUGCUGUGCACAGGGACUUUCACACCCCUGUGUCUAGUGUACUUCAACCACCAGUGGAUCGGUGAGUGAGUGAGAAACCACAAAGACAAUGAGUGGAUGUACUUGUGUGGCACAUACAGGGUGGGUGUUCCUGGGGUCGAUAUGGUUCUUCGCUUUGACCGGGAUGAGCACCCACAUAGUCAUGGGCCACGACCACGUACCCAAGUGGCUCUCAAUGACCAUACACGGAUUCAUGGUAUGCACACAGACACACGGACAUAAAGCAUCCCACGUUCACGCGCACGUGCUCCCUGACUCUCUGUCAGGGGUGGACGGGCGUCUUUGUGGUGAUUCCUCUGUGUGCGGUGAUGCCGGCCGGCGGCAUUUGCCUCAUCGUCCUGGGCGGCGUCCUCUAUACGGGCGGGGCUGUCAUAUUCGGGGCAGAGAAACCCAACCCAUGCCCGGGCAGGUACACAGCCGAUGACACACAAUGGUCGUGUGGGCAUUUCUCUCUCUCACUUUGUGUGUGCGUCGAUUAUAUGUACAGGUUCGGCUUCCACGAGAUUUGGCACUUGUUUGUGCUGCUGGGGGCCCUCACGCACUGGCUGUGCAUGUGGUUCUACGUGGAGCCUUACGCUGGGCCGCCAGCGCUCGCGCAACAGGCGUGAUGGACGAGGGAAGCGUGGAAGCAGAGGCCUGUGCGGUGUGUUGCGCUGCGGGUCACGGGGAACCAUUACAAGUACGUGCGGGGAUGUGCGUAAACUGAUGUCCGUGAUGAUGAUGCUGUUGAUGGAUGAUGAGUGGCGGUGUAAUUUGGUGUGUGCAAAGAAAGGAUGAGCCGAUGGAUGGAUGGAUGGAUGCGUGUGAUGCCAGUGUGUGUCUUUUUGGUGCGUGAGGGAGCCAGACAGACAGACAGACAGACAGAGGGAGUGACGAUUGAUGUGCCGACUGUCUGACUGACUGACUGCUCGACUGACUGACCGACUUGUAGAGCCUUGCUCAAUUCAUUGAACACCUUCAGACACAGGUCAAUACACACACACGA